GCCAUUAACCCAACCCACCGAGCUUUCAAAUAUUGGAACCUGUUCUUCUGGUGCUUCUUUCUCACUCACUGGAUAACAGAGCUGUAAUGGAUUGCGUCUCGUCACCCUCUCUUUUUUGCAGAAUUUUCAGUACCAGCAGCUGCACUUUCAGAAGAACCAGAACAAGACAAGGGAAUUGCAUUUUUACUUCUCAGCAGACGACCACGGAAGAGAAACAGCAGAGAAGUAGCAAUGUAGGGAAAGCCAAAUCAGACAUAUUAGAAGAAUCGUUUAUUUCAAAAUCUCCAAUAAGUGAGGCGGAUAAGUUGCCUCCAUUGGUUAAGGCAUUGAAAGCUUCAGCAGCAGAAAAUGCAGCAAGCUUUCAUUUUCCUGGCCAUAACCGAGGGCGUGCUGCACCGUCUUCACUAGCGCAGCUCAUAGGUUUAAGACCAUUCAUUCAUGAUUUGCCUGAGCUUCCAGAGCUAGACAACCUUUUUUCACCCGAGGGACCGAUAUUAGAGGCACAAAUACUAGCUUCAGAAUUGUUUGGAUCGCGGGAAACAUGGUUCCUUGUUGGAGGUACGACAUGUGGGAUACAAGCAGCGAUAAUGGCGACUUGUUCUCCUGGGGAAUAUCUAAUCCUCCCUCGCAAUUCCCAUUUAUCAGCCGUAUCAGCUAUGGUAUUGUCUGGAGCUAUUCCGAAGUACAUGAUGCCUGAGUAUGAUCAUAAAUGGGAUAUUGCUGGUGAGGUUACUCCAUCUCAGGUGAAAAAAUCAAUUAGAGAAUUGGAGAUGGAGGGUCACAAGGCAGCAGCAGUUUUUGUGACUUCCCCAACUUACCAUGGUAUAUGUAGCAACCUGAGUGAGAUUUCUCAGAUUUGUCAUUCUUAUGGAGUUGCUUUGAUUGUUGAUGAGGCUCACGGAGCACAUUUGGGAUUUCACGCGCAGAUGCCUCCUUCAGCGCUGAAGCAGGACACUGAUCUUGUUGUACAAUCCACACACAAAGUUCUAUGUUCUCUCACUCAGUCAUCAAUGUUACACAUGUCAGGAAAACUUGUGGAUAGGGAACGAAUUUGUCGGUGCCUUCAGAUGCUUCAAAGCACAAGUCCUAGUUAUCUACUUUUAGCAUCAUUAGAUGCAGCUAGAGCUCAAAUUGCUGAAAACCCUGAAACUGUUUUUGAGAAAGCAAUGGAGUUGGCGAUUGAAGCGAAAAUUUUAAUCAAACAAGUACCAGGUAUUAGUUUGCUAGAGCAUCCGAGCAGCAUGGAUCCUUUGCGGCUUACCGUUGGUUUUUGGCAGCUCGGUUUAUCUGGUUACAAUGCAGAUGAUUAUUUAUGUAGGAAUCAUCAAGUAAUAUCCGAGCUUGUUGGAACUCAAUCUAUUACAUUUGCAAUUAAUCUUGGAACUAGCAAAGAGCAUGUUGAGAGGCUAGUUUCAGGAUUAAAAGACUUAUCAUCAUCCUUACAAGGCAAAAAUACGAAAGGCGGAUCAAUCAACAGAGGGUAUCUACCAUUUGCUGAUAUUAGCAUGAGGUUGAAUCCGAGAGAUGCAUUUUUCGCAACUAAAAAGAGAGUGAAUAUCAGAGAAAGCGUCGGGGAGGUCUGCGGUGAGCUUAUAUGUCCAUAUCCACCGGGGAUCCCUGUAAUGAUUCCCGGUGAGGUUAUUACAGGAAGUGCUUUGAGUUAUUUACUUGAUGUUCAGAGGAAGGGCGCAAUCAUUACCGGGGCUUCUGAUCCUCUACUCUCUUCCAUUGUCGUCUGCAGUACAUGAUCCAAGGCACACAUAAAUGCACUUCAUUUUUGACUUGAUGCAGAUACAAGGGUGCAUCAUAUGCCAAAUAGGAUGUGCAUUCGAUUUACAUCAAACCGAACAUAAUUUGAUUUUAAAAAAAUUGAGCCAAACUGAUUUUUUUACAAAGGAUUUAAGAUUUUCAAACCCACCGGUUCGGUUCAGUCUUUCGGCUUGGUUUGUAUCAAAAGUGAGCUAAAUUAUUUUAUUUUCAAAACCGAACCGAAUCAAAUUUGUCGGUUUAUUCUAGUUAUUUAGCUUGGUUCGGCUUUUGUGCAUCUAUAGUGGCUAAUGCAUUGCAGACCUGAAGUAGGUGAUUUGGGGAAUUAGAGGGUUUAGUCCAUAGGCAAAGGCCGAUGAGUUGAGAUGCAGUGAUAAUUGUUUUUUUUUUCCUUCAGUGUAACAUAUCAAAAUUGUAGCUGUAUAAUACCUAUACAUUGAGAAUCACAGUCACAGUUGCACAUUUUCUACA